AUGGCCUCUCACUCAGCUAUCCAGGUGGUCGACCUAAAGCAGCCAUUGACCAUCGCUCAAGUUCCGACCAUCACGCCCAAGGCAAACGAGAUUCGUGUCCGUGUGGAAUGGGUUCCGGAAGCACCACUGGAUGUUUAUCAAGUUGACGCCGGCUUGAUGAUCAACCAAUACCCUCAUGGACUUGGUGACAGCAUAUCCGGAACCGUUGUCGAGAUUGGAGAAGGCAUCGAAAAAUUCAAGAUUGGCGAUCGAGUAUGCGGUUUUGUAUUCCACAGCGAACAGGAGAAGACGCAGCAAGUUUUUGUGACAGCACCUGAGCACCUCUUUGCCCAGAUCCCUGCUCAUGUUUCGUCUGCCGCUGCAUCGACCUUGCCGAACAACUUCUGCACAGCCUACUUCACUCUGUCCGAGAAACUUGGGGUCAAAUUACCAUGGCCUCUUGUGAAUCGUGAGACAUCGGAGGACGCACAAUCCCCUAUCAUCAUCUGGGGCGCGGCAGCCUCAGUCGGCCAAUAUGCUCUUCAAAUCUUGAAGCACUGGGGCUACACCAAUGUCAUUGCUGUAGCUUCGCCUAAGCAUCAAGACAAGCUACUAUCACUUGGGGCCAGGCAUGUGGUGGACUAUCGGGAUACUGCCACGGCUAUUAAUACUAUCCGAAGCAUCCUCAGCGAACAAGACAGUUCUGCAAGCAUUCGCGCCUUUGAUUGCGUGGACUCGAAGACCGGGUCUUUGAUCCCGCUAUCAAAGAUUGUCACAAAGUCCGGCUCGACGGUUGCGGCCUUACUCCCCGUCGUCGUCAGCAGUCCGGACCCGCAGCAGCCAGAGACUGAACUGGCCAUCUCAUUCGACGUUCAAGGCGAGGCCGAGUGGGCAACGAAUGUCAAGGUUCAAGGCGUGGCAGUCUAUGCAUACGAAGCCAACGCAUUCUUGCGAGAUAAUCUUAUGCCAGAGAUCUUGGGUGGCAUGUUGGCCCAGGGUGCGGUUCAACCUAAUCAGUACAGGGAGAUUCAGGGUGAUGAUCUUCUGACUAGAGCACAGAAGGCCCUAGAUAUCAUGAGAAGUGGUACGGUCAGUGGAGAGCGUUUGGUCUGGAAAGUCUGGGAUGAGCAAUGA